AGAAGCAAGACUUCGGCGAAAUUUGAGAAGCAAGACUUCUUUACAGAGAGGCAAAGCGAUUUUCAUGGACUGAUUGAAGAUGAUUUGAUGCUAAGAGACCCCUCCAUUAAAGCUAUUAAAGCCAGCCGAGGAACAAAAUUUAAUGCAGAACAGGGGAAAUUAGUGCUGAGCAGGGGAAAUUAAUGCAGGGCAGAGAAAAUUUGUUAAUUUUCUCUACUUUUUAGCUGAGUUUACUAAGUAAGAGGCCGCCAUGGGCUUGCGGGAUUCAUGGAGAACUAAGCUUAUUUAUAACAUUGUUUGUUCUCUUAUACCUGCGAUUGUUUUGUCAAUUCUGAUAUUAUAUUCUUUUCUAUGUUAUACUGGAGAAAGUAAUUUCAUGAUUGGCCCUUUCAAAGUCCAAAGAUCUGUUUUUUCCAGAGCUCAAAUACCUUUAACACCUGUUUCUAUCAAAGCACACAAAUUUUCAGAGUGUGACUUAUAUUCAGGAAAAUGGGUCCAUGAUGAUUCAUACCCACUUUAUCCCAAUGGAGAAUGCACUUAUAUGAGCCAGGAGUUUAACUGCAGAGGCAAUGGCCGUAAUGAUUCAGACUAUACAAAAUGGAGAUGGCAGCCCGCAAAUUGUGAAUUACCAAGGUUGAAACCCUCUGAAAUGCUUGAGAGAUUGAGGGGAAAGAGGCUGAUGUUUGUUGGGGACUCCAUCAAUAGAAAUCAAUGGGAAUCGUUGCUUUGUAUCUUCUCAACAGUAGUGCCUCCAGAAAGAAAGAUUUCACGCCAGACAUCACCUUUUUCUACCUCUUUUGUGGCUCAGGAUUACAACUGUUCUAUUGAAUUCUUUUGGGCGCCCUUUUUGGUAGAACAAGGCAGCAUUAAGAAUGGUAAUGAGAGCACGGAGAUCUUAAUUCUAGAUGCAAUAGAGAAGCAUGGAGCAUAUUGGAGAGAUGUUGAUGUAUUGGUCUUUAAUUCAGGACAUUGGUGGACACAUGGGAAUAAAGUGCAAUUACAAAAUUACUUCAUGGAGAACAACUAUCUCUAUCUUGAAUUAGAACCAUUGGACGCCUUCAAGAAAGCGAUGAUUACGUGGGCCAAAUGGGUAGAUAAGAACAUUGAUCCAACUAAAACCAGAGUAUUUUUUAGAGGGUUUUCUCCAACACAUUUCAGCUCGAAACAAUGGAAUGACCCCAAGGGCCACAAGUGCAAUUUUGAGAGAGAACCAAUAUUUAAUGAGUCUUAUAUAAGUCCUUAUCUAGAAAGAAUGAUAAUGUUAGAGAAGGUGUUAACUGAAAUGAAGAUUCCAGUUUCUUUGAUGAACAUAACCAGGUUAUCAGAUUUCAGAAAAGAUGGUCAUCCAUCAGUGUACACCAUGAGAAGAGGGAAAAAGCUUACACCAGAACAGAUGAAUGAUCCAGAUAACUUUGGAGAUUGUAGUCAUUGGUGUUUGCCUGGAUUGCCUGACAUUUGGAAUGAGUUAUUGUAUGGAAGUUUGUUCAUGAAGGACAAACUUGAUUCUUAUUCUAAGUAAUUCAUACUGUUAAAUGUUUUGUUUAAGCAAAUGAAAAUUAAAAAAAAAAAAUUUCUUUCUUUUC